UUACGAAGAGAGCCCAAGCCAAAAUCAACGGUCACCACCUCCUAUUUCUCCUUCCCCUCCCUCCCCUCCCCCCUCCUACGAUUCCCCAACGCUGAAGCGCGGAGGCUGCUCCACACCCUCACCGCUCGCGCGAAUUCCGAGGCGCCGCUCCGAUCCGCCCUCCCCACCGCGACCGCGCGUCUCCCUAGGGUUAGGGCUCCGCUCCCUCGCCCUCGCACUCGCCCUCGCCCUCGUACUCUCCUCCUCCCGACGCGGCCCCCCGCGCGCGCCCGCCACGCCAUGAGGGUCCACCCGGCCCCGCGGAAGCGGACCAUCGCCGUGCAGCGCUGCGGGGCCGCGGCCGCGGCCGCGGCGGCGGGGGCCGCGCUGGGAGGCAAGAAGCUGCGCCGCCUGCCGCACAUCUUCGCCAAGGUGCUGGAGCUCCCGUUCGCGGCCGACGCGGACGUAUCCGUCGAGGAGGACGCGGCGGCGCUGCGGUUCGUCGCCGCGGCGGUCGACGGGUUCUCCCCCGCGGGCGCCCGCGCGCACGCCGUCGAGAUCCACCCGGGGGUCACCAAGGUCGUCGUCCGGGACCUCUCCUCCGGCGGCGCCCACGGCGACGACGACGGGGCCGCGGCGUUCGAGCUCGACCGGUGGCGAUUCCGCCUCCCGCCCUGCACGCUCCCCGCCAUGGCCACCGCCACCUACGCCGAGGGCGAGCUCGUCGUCACCGUCCCCAAGGGCGCCGGACCCGAUGACGGCGACGGCGACGGCGCCACUGUCCUUGGAGGCACGGAGAGCGUCCUUGUGCUUGUAUAGUAUAUUUAUGCCAUGACCCGACUGUUUUGCUGAUUCGCCUGUUUCUACUUUCUACUACUAAUAUCAAUAUUUAUAUCAUGCGAGAUGAUGGUGAUAAUAUGCUAAUAACAGAGUCAUAAGAGUAUGAACGAUGGAUGCAAAUCGCCGUUUUCUGUGAAUUCUCUGAUCUGCUCGUUCAACUGUUGGUGAUCUUGUGUCAGUUCUUGCAAACCAUUUGUGAUGUAUAUAACUAUACCUUUUUAGUUGUUUAGUUGAGUAAAGGUUCAGCAUGAAUUAGCAUCCAGGCAUUUGUUGCAGUUUGAUUAGCUUAGCAAAACUGAAGGAUCAAAUGAUUCGGGUUAGAAAUUGGGAAGUCUGUUAAUCAGGUUGGUCAGGAAUUGGGAAAUUGCUUGAAGAGUUGCUCUGUAUCUAGUGAUGUUUUGUAGUAGGUUAGCAGUUCUGAAGACUGCAAGACUAAGAGUUGACUCUAUAUUCACUUGAUGCUGGAGUGUUUUGAGCAAAAUUUCCAAUCUCA